AUGGACCCCUUGCCCGGCUUCGUAGUCGCCUCGCCGGCGGAAGUGCUGGAGGACGUGCUGCGGGAGCAGUUCGGGCCACUGCCUCAGCUGGCCGCUAUCUGCCGGCUCAAGCGGCUGCCCUCGGGCGGCUACUCGUCCACCGAGGACCUGCAGUUGGUGCUGGAGCGGCGGCGCGUGGCCAACGCAAAGGAGCGCGAGCGGAUAAAAAACCUCAACCGUGGUUUUGCCAAACUGAAGACACUGGUGCCAUUUCUUCCUCAAAGCAGGAAGCCUAGCAAAGUUGAUAUCCUUAAAGGUGCAACUGAAUACAUACAAGUUCUCAGUGAUGUUUUGGAAGGAGCCAAAGACUCUGAGAAACAAGACUCAGAUCAUCAGAGUUAUAUCAACAAUACUCCUGAACCCCAUAUACCCUUGGCGAAUGAGCUGUUGAGAAACACCAUCCAACACGCAAGCUGUGCUGUGUGUGAGGAGAAAGGGCCCUGGGCAGACGGUGGCAGCGGUGAGUCAGCCUACGCUUGUUGCCAGUGCUUGGUAUCUACAACUGGAGUUACCUCCCCAACCAGGAGUCUGGUAAAGUGUUUCUUUUCAAGUUGCAAUAUAGAUGUCAAAAAAACAAACAAACCCUCAAAGUGCUCCCCUUGA